UCAAUUCCUCGCCUUCUUGUCCAUUUUGUGAUAGUUUUAAGUGAGACGUGUGUUUGUCUAAUCUUGCAGAGAGCAAUAACCGAGACUGUCCACCUGUGGCUGUUCAAAACUAUAUGUCCCAGGAGGCUGGCCAUGCCUCUCACUGUGUGCAUGUGUGAGAUUAGCAGCAAACACAGCCAGUGGGAGGUAUAUCCGCUGGGCAGGACUCUCCGCCGUGUAUAAGGAGCUAGUCGAGCAGCCAGACACCGGAGCUGGGCUGAGGAACAUCGUUCCAGAUGGACGGCAUACUGAACCGCAGCGCUCAGGAUGCCGAGGAUUAUUACCAACUGCUGGGCUGUGACGAGCUGUCCACGACAGAGCAGAUCGUUGCAGAGUUUAAAGCAAAGGCGCUGACAUGCCAUCCUGACAAGCAUCCACACAACCCGAAAGCAGUGGAACAAUUUCAGAAGCUGCAGCAAGCGAAAGAGAUCUUGACCAAUGAAGAGAGGCGCUCCCGCUAUGACCAAUGGUAUCGCAGCAGGAUUGCAAUUCCAUUUCAGCAGUGGGAGGCACUGAGUGACACUGUUAAAAUGUCCAUGCACUGGGCUGUGAGGGGUAAGAAAGAGCCAAUGUUGGAGGCUCCUACUGUACAUUCAGAGGGUUAUGCAAAGACAAGGGAACAGAGAGAACCAGCAGAGGAGGAAUGGACUCCAGUGUCUAAGGGCAAUGAGGAACAGGCUGAUCAGGACGGUGCCGGGACCAAAGAGAAAAUAAUGACUAGUGAUGACCCGAGUUGUUCAGAAAGCCCCAGCUCUCCACGCUUUUUAAAUGUGAAUGAUUAUCAUGACUAUUUCCGCUGGUCAGCAGACUCUCCUUCAGAACUGCUCCGGAAAUUCAGGAACUAUGAAAUCUGAGGCCGGUUCAGACCCAGAGGCGUCACCGAAUUUCUCAGUCUUUUCGUUAAAAUGUCUUGCAGUGAGAUAAGUUCCUUCUCUGACUGUUGAUGUUGUGCAGAGUCUUCUUGCUGUGUUAUUCUGUGCAAACACCUGCAGUAAUCCCUGCAAGAGAGUGUGAGAGAGGGAGGGAGAUGGGACCAGUGGUUAGAUAAUGACAAAAUUGCUGCCCCCGUUUACCCUUGAUCAUUGAACAUUAAUGUUAUUUAAUGUGGGACUGUUGUAGAUAUGUGUGGAGCUAUAUGUGAUCUCCAAAUACCAUUUUAAAUAGCAAAUAAAAAUUUUGUGUUACGCCAUCUUAAUUUAUUUAAAGAAUAUUUUCCUUCAGUUAAAUUAUUCAAUUGUAUUUAUGUCAUAAUACUCCACAGCCAUUAUUUUUAGAAGUCACUUCCACGGUCCCUGAUAAUCAACAAUACUUGGUUGAUUGCCCAUGUGACCACCAGAUCAUGACAAUCACAGUAAUGAGGAAGGCCUUUCAGCCCAUCAGUCUUGUGAAACUAGCCCUUCAAACUGAGUUUUUAAUUGAAACCCUCUUUAUAUAUGUGUCCUUUGAAAUUCUUCCUUCCUAAAGGAUGCUACAGUCCGUGCUCCAUUGGGCGGUGAAAGAUUCUGAAUUCUAUCUGCAUUAUUCCUGUCCUUAGUCUAUGCCACUCAGCGUCGUAGGUCCCCAGCAUCACAGAUCAAGUGUUAGCCACUUUGAUUCGCUCCACGUCAAGAAACUGUUGGAUAGUGCAAAGUUUAUGGGCCCUGACAACAUACUGCCAAUAGGACUGAAGAUUUGCUGCUCCCCUAGCCAAGAUUUCCCAGUCCAGCUCCAACACUGGCAUCUACCCCACAAUGUGGAAAAAGCCUAGGUAUGUCCUGUACACAAAAGCAAGGCAAAUCCAACCUGGCCAAUUAUCACCCUAUCAAUCUAUUAAAGUGAUGGGAACUGUCAUCAACAGUGCUAUCCUGAUGGAAAGCUUUUGCUUGAAACAUCAACUCUCCUGCUCCUUGGAUGC